CGAACUGUCAUUUGUGUGGAUCGUUUCGCCUGGUCCAAUUAAAGAAGGAAACAUCUACCCAUCAUCAAAGCCCAUUAAAAAUACGACACAGCUCGGUUGCCCAUUCCCAGGUGAGAACCCUGGUGUUAGCCACCCGUGCAUGAUUCCUUGCUCCAACCACACCAAGAUGCCCCGCCCUUUCCAUUUGGGCUCUUCCUCCUCCUCUUUCCACCUUCCACAUAUCAAUCCCCUCCCAAGAACCAACUCUCUUUCUCUCUCUCUCCGUACAAGUCAAAUCACGACACUUGGUAAUUUACAUCCUACAAAGACACCUUCAUCUCUCUCUACAAAUACACCCCCUCCGUCCCUCUCGCACACACUUAACACUCCCUAGACAGACAGAAACAUGGAGACCACCGCUCUCGUGCUCCUCCCUCAUGGCAGCCUGACGGCCGGAGCACCUCGUGUGCUUACAGGGAAAGGCGUCUCCUGCGUGAUGAAGCAGAGCCACCCGAGGAGGCAACGCCGUUCCACGGUGCGCGCCGUCAUGGCGAGGCCACAAGAGGCGACGCUGGCACCGGCGCCACCGUUGCCUGUGUUGCCGGUGAGAGAGACGGUGGCAGGGGCGACUACGACGACGACGGUGUACCACGACAGCUGGUUCGACAACCUCGCCAUUGGGUACCUGUCCAGGGCACUUCAAAACGCUUCUGGGAUAAGGAACAGAAAGCCUGGCUACGAGGGCUUGAUAGAGGCCGCUGUGGCCAUCUCCAGAAUCUUCAGACUUGACACACAAUGCGAGAUUGUGGCCAGCGCUCUCGAACAAGCAAUGCCGAGUUACAUCAUCACAAUGAUAAAGGUGAUGAUGCCGCCUUCAAGAUUUUCCAGGGAGUACUUUGCUGCCUUCACCACGAUAUUCUUUCCUUGGCUGGUUGGACCAUGUGAGGUCAGGGAAUCUGAAGUCGAUGGAACAAGAGAGAAAAAUGUGGUGUACAUCCCCAAAUGCAGAUUUCUGGAAAGCACCAACUGUGUCGGUAUGUGCACGAAUCUUUGCAAGAUUCCAUCCCAGAAGUUCAUGCAAGAUUCGCUUGGCGUUUCUGUCUACAUGUCACCCAAUUUUGACGACAUGAGCUGUGAGAUGAUAUUUGGACAGCAACCCCCUGAAGAUGAUCCAGCACUGAAGCAGCCUUGCUUCCGCACAAAAUGUAUUGCGAAGCAGAAUUAUGGUGUAAAUUGCUAGCACAUAUGAACAGAGAUACAUUAUUAAUGAUUAAACACCCCCUAAGUAUCAGAAAAAUGCCUACAGCUACAAGUAUUCCAUUUUAUUCCUUUGGGAAGCAGCACUAGCUCCAUAGUUGUAUUUAUCUUGAGAAUCUUGCACGAGGCCUUUUUAAUACAUUCACCUAUUAUGUCAA